AUGGCAACCACCGAAUUGGACUUGGUCAAUAACGUGGAUCUUAGAUUCGCUUUGGCCGAAUCUGAUUCACAAUUGGAACAGUCCUUGAAUCAAUUGUUGCCACCGCUUCUUCUCAAACUUUCUAGUCAAGAUGCGCAAGUGAGACAAGCUGUAUUUAAAGUAAUUCAGAACAUUUUUCCACGUAUCACCGCUGCUCCAACCCUUCAAUUGCCUGUGGAUGCUUUACUCCAACAAAUCAAGACACCAAAGGUCAAUUUUCAGCAGGAUAGCAACACUGUUCGAUUGUAUUCUCUUUUGUUCCUAUCGAAAGGUGUGGAGCGUCUUUCUCAAGAAUCGCAGAGGAAGCUCGUACCGUCAGUAGUAAGAGGUAUUAGUUCCCUUCCAACAUCGUCUGCUGCAAGGAUGUUUAACAUUUUAGUCAAAUUAUUGCAGAAUUGGGUACCGCCCUCGAGAGACUCUCCAGAGUACGAAUGUAUGGCAUCUACUUUGGGCUUUGAUAAGAACAAAAGCGAUGAAAAAUUCAUUGCGGACAAGGUCGCGAGAUUUAUGUUGCUUGUACCAACGUCAUCAUCGACUCAUACUGCCCUCCCAGGACUUAGCGCCAGCGAAAUAGCGUUUUUCACGAAAGAUGCUGGUGUCACAUACUCAACAUCUCAAGAGUUAGUUAGCGCCAAAAUCCGAUUAUUGAAUUUUUUAAAAGCGGGUUUUUCAGACCAGCGCCUAGUUUUUCCUCUUCUUGUUGCCUCAGUUGAUUCUCUGUCUACUAUUGCUGAAGCUUCUGAAACCUUGUUUCGUAAGCUCGAGAUCGAUUAUCACGACGAUGAACUAGUUUCGCUCAUGACCAGUUUGUUUCUUGGCACCAAUGCUCUUCCAGUAAAAUCAACACUUCAGUGUAAGAUAUUAUCACUUCUCGUAAAAUUUCCGCCCGAAAAAACCUCGGCGCAAGCCGCUGAGAUAGCAGAUGUUGGAUUAACAUCGGACUAUAGGAGAUUGAGACUGGAUAUUGUUAGAUUUAUUAAGUUAUCGACUCUGAAUAUGGACUCUUCUAUCGAAGACAAAGAACUCAAUUGUGUCAAAAUCGCUGCCAAAUUGAAGAUGAAUAUUAUUGCUGAUGGGUGGCCGCAAAUGAAUACAUCUAACGGAUCCGAAUUUCAUCACAGCUUGAAGCAAAGAGAACUCCAAUAUGAAACUUUGGGAGAUUUGCUUUCGUCUUCUGCGAGUUUCUUACUGAACAAUCUCGAUUACCUUGAAUUCCUUUUCGAGUCUCUUGAUUCAGAGAUGGUUGAUCUACGAUCUGUACUUCAAUUAGUCCUCUCUAGAUUAAGUGUACAUAUCUCCCAGCUUACAGAUGAUAGAAAAAUUGCUCUUAUGCCAAUAUUUGAAUCGAUCAUUUUGAAGGAAAAUGCUAAUUCGGCUGUCAAAUAUCUUGCUCUCAAGUACGUCAAUACAGCCUAUGAAUUUUGCAACCUCGAUGCUCGCUACUUGUGUAUCCUUGGAACAAGCCUGAAGAAUAGUCCCGAAGCUAUUGAGGAAGCAAAAAAAGGCUUGAAUCCCUACCAAUUCUCACUUAUACAAGCGAGCUCAGCCUCAUAUGCUCUGGUGACGCCCACAAUUUCAGAAAAAUUGAAGUUUCCACAGUUUCAAGCAUUGGUAUCGCUAUACUCGCUGAAACUAGAGUCUUCUUUUCUGGACUCCAAAAAUAAUCAAUUGAAGGACUGUAUCACAGAAGCGAUUAUCUUCGCUUUUCGGGUACUUGCCACAGAAGCUAUUGGAACUUCGUCAUUCGCAAUUGUCAUCGAUGAGCGCUGGGCUACCAGAGUGGACGAUGCACUUGAACACGACGAAACAGUUGGCAAACUUAUUUCCUCGCACAUGUUAGAAAUACUGCGCGAUGACUUUCAAAUGACCGGGGAUGUAGUCUCAAGAAAUGCCAUUCAGAGCUUUAUUGACCUUACCUUUUCUUCACUUCACUCAAAAUUCGUGAGCAAUCAGAUGAUAGUUCCUAGUUUCGAAUUGACGAAAGUAUUUCAUUUAUUAUUGAAGUUUUCGGAUGAAAGUAUCAUCAAUUAUCUCGACCAUACAUUGUUAGAUCUUCAUAAAAUUUUGGAACAAUGCUCAAAUUUUAAUGAUUCUUUGCGAACGCUUGCAAAGUCUUUUGCGAUAAUUGCUUCUAGCGCUAGUGUCUCCGUGAAUGUCCCCUUGAAUUUAAUUUCAGCCCUAAGCAAAAUUAGGGGAAGUAUUAGCAGUAUUGAAAUUUAUCUAUUCACAAGCUCGGCGAUUUACUCACGUUUGGCAGCUCGCGGCCGGAUACACCAAGUUGAAUCCAGUGAUAUUAAUGAAUUGUUGGACGAGAUCGAGUCUUCAUUACAAAGCCCUCAACUCUAUGAUGCCUCCUUGCUCUCCAUUUCUGAGCUCAGCAUAUAUGGAGUGAUGAGCAAUUUGGAGAUUCUGAGUGGAUAUCAAAAUUGGGUUGAAAGAAUCCAUGAUUUGAUAGCCCCUCGGGCUAAAGCUUGUCAUGAACUUUCUCUUCUCGCGAUUUGCAAACUUUCUUUAUCCGCAAAAUCUUCACCCGAGAAUGACCAGAGUUUACAGCCACUUCCCAUUGAGUCUUUGGUUUUUGAAACUCAUCACGCAAAAAAUACAGAAUUUGCAUUUGUGAGUGGCGAAUGUCUUCUGAUACUUGCAGGAGGCUGGAACUCAAAGAUUCUUCGGCAAGAACUCGACAUCCAAGGUGUUAUUCCCGAAAACAGACCUCAAUUAGUCAGAUUUGAAUUUAUUUUGAAUGAGUGUAUCAAAUUCAGUCGAAUGACAAAGCCAUCACUUAGAAAAUCAAGUUGCAUCUGGCUUUUAGAAAUUGUCCAAAAUCUCGGGCACACACAACUCAUUAAAGACAGAGCUCUUGAAUUACACUCGGUGUUCAUAAGUUUUUUGACAGACAGGGAUGAAAUGAUCCAGGAAUGUGCUUCCAGAGGCUUAGGACUCACAUUUGAACUUGGAAAUUCCGAACUCAAAGAAUCUCUUGUGAAGAAUCUCAUUCGAUCAUUCACAGACACUGUUCCUUCCAAUUCCAUGACACUGGGUUCCGUUCAAGGUGAUACUCAGUUGUUCGAUAAUGAUGUCAUGCGUACUCAUGAUGGCUCUAUCUCAACAUAUAAAGAUGUUCUCAAUCUAGCUUCUGAUGUUGGAGACCCUAGCUUGGUGUAUAAGUUUAUGUCUUUGGCCAAAGCCAACGCCGCCUGGACCACUAAGAGGGGUAUGGCCUUUGGAUUAGGCAACAUUCUAUCAAAAUCGAAUUUGGAUAGUGUAUUCUUACAAGAUAAGAACUUAAUUCUGAGAUUAGUGCCAAAGUUGUAUCGGUACCGAUUUGAUCCCAACGGCCUAGUAUCUCAGUCUAUGAAUGGUAUCUGGAACGCUUUGUUUCCAGACUCUUCGACUCUCGUGACCCAGAACUUUGAUUCUAUCUUGAGAGAGAUUCUCAGUGGUAUGGGUAAUCGGGAAUGGAGAGUGAGACAAGCCAGUAUUUCGGCUAUGGAGAAUCUCCUACAGUCACAGCUCUUUGAAAAGUACGAGCAAAAUCUUGAAGAAAUAUGGAACAUGACCUUUCGUUGUAUGGAUGAUAUAAAGGAAUCGGUCCGAAAAGAGGCUCAAAAAUUAGCAAAAUCUUUAUCAAAGACUUUGCUCAGGGCUGCUGAUCCGUCAACUGGAAACCUCACAGUAGCAAAGGCGACCAAACUAGUCGGUCAAGUUAUUCCUUUCUUGCUUGGAAGUAACGGGCUUUUGAGUGAUGCAGAAGAUGUUAAACAUUUUGCUUUAGAAACUUUAAUUAAGUUAAGUGAGAAGGGUGGAAAAGCAAUACGACCCUUCAUUCCCGAAUUGAUUGCCACCUUCAUAGAGCUCAUGUCGUCACUUGAGCCAGAAGUUAUCAACUAUUUGGUUCUCAAUGCUGAAAAGUACAAUCUCAGUGGAAAUGAUGUUGAUGCAAAAAGACUUCAGAGCUUAAACUCGUCUCCUCUUCUCGAAGCUAUUGAGAGACUUAUUUCAUUGGUUGACGAAGAUCUUAUGAGUGAUCUCGUACAGAAAUUAAGAGACUCGAUAAGAAAUUCGGUUGGACUUCCUUCCAAGGCAUGUGGAAGUCGAGUAAUAGUUCAUCUUGUCACAAAAUUGCCUUUUCUCUCUGGGCCUUACGGGGAUGACUUGUUGAAAAUUUGCGUUAGUAAUCUCAAGGACCGUAAUUUGGCAAUUUCAAGCUCCUUUGCCAUAGCAGCCGGUCACUGUUCUAAGAUUGCCUCAAUAGAUUCCGUUGUUCGCUACAGUGCCAAAAUCAGUGAUAUGUACUUCACAAACAAGGACAACAAAGACCGUUUCAUAGCGGCUGUUGCCUCCCAAUCAGUUAGUAAAUUUUCAGGCGUUGAUAAAUUCUCAGCUGUGGCAGUUGCGUUUCUCCCAUUAUCAUUCGUUGGGAAACAUGACGAUGACGAGAAAGUGCAAAAACGAUUUGAAGAUGAGUGGGUCGAAAGUUCUAGUGGAAACAGUGCUGUGAAAUUGUACUUUGAUGAGAUUUUACAGAUCUGCGAAUCUCAAAUAAAAUGCAGUGACUACAACAUUCGACGCAUUGUCGCUCGAUCUCUCAUCGAAAUAGUUGAAACUGUCCAUAAUUCUCUGCACAAAGAAAUCAUGCGCUUAUUUGAAGUGCUCUUAUUGGGUUGUCAAGAGAAGUCAUGGAAAGGUAAAGAGUUCGUAUUCGAUGCGCUUGUACAACUUUCGGUCCGGAACAGAUCUACUCUUGACCAAAAUGACAAUUUAAUGGAGUCGGUAGUCAAGACUGUUAAAACCGAGGCGAAGAGACGAAACAAAUCCUAUCAGAUACACGCAGUUCAAAGCAUGGGCCGGUUUAUAAAGGUCUUUUAUUCUGAUAAGGACCUUGUACAUUUAUACAUUGAUAUUAUGGAAUCGGUACUCUCGGACGAAUACCUUGAGGAAAUCGACCUUUUGGACGAGAAGCAUAGAAGCGCAAAUUCCCUUGUUUCCCAGCAUGCAGUGAAGAAUGAAGAGCUAUACAUCAGUCUCUUAAAAAGCGUCGGCGAUUCGAUUAGUCCUAGCAUUGACGAAGAUUUGGCUCAAUUUUUGGUAAGCUCUAUGAGAUCUUUUAUGAACAGUGAACACGAAAUCUCAUGGAGAACUUGUAUUGCGUACAACGAGAUUUACAAGUCUCUAAUGGAGCCGUGUUUGCAAAGCCAAACUGGACCAAUGUCUUUCAACUCAGUGUACGAAGUAUUUACUCUUUUACGUCAGUUCAAAGAGCCAUACAAGUUGGAACGUGCUAUUACAUUGCUCAUUCGAAACGCCGGCUUGAGUUUACUCGUAUUUCAGAAAUUUGAUCAGACAAAGUACUUCCAAGAGGUCUCUGCAAUGUUAUUGGACUACCAAAAGCAAGAUCUAAGUAGCGUUGUGCGAGCUGAAAUUGAAAAGGCCCUUAUUUAG